AUGGACGAUGAACUGGUGUGUGUGCUCUGUAAAGGCGCACAGGAUGAAGCGAGCAACAUCACACAGCAAAAACUGGUCGUCAACAACAAGUGUGGACACCGCUUCCACCAAGCUUGCGCGGAGAAGGAGCUUCUUCGUCGCAAGACGUUUCCGUGUCCAGCGUGCCAAGUACAGGUGCGUCGAGCCGGCUUGACCGAGAAGACUCUGGACGAGCUGGAGGUCGCGAGGGAUAUCACCGUGCGCAAGCGGAUAACGAAGAUCUUCAACCGUUCGGAGGAGGACUUCGGCGGCGACCUCCGCGCCUACAACGACUACCUUGAGACCAUGGAGGACGUGAUCUACGGGCUCUGCAGCGGCGACAAGGGGGAGGCGGACAGGGCCCAGGCCACCGUGAGGGAGUACGAGGAUAGGCACCGGGGCGAGAUCACCAAAAACGCCGCCAGGAAGGUGGACCGAGAAAAAGUCGUGGAGGAACAGCUGGCGGCGCUAAGACAACAACAGGAGAGCCGCAAGCACUACAACCAGCUGGAGGAGGCGCGCAAGCAGCAGCACGCGAGGAAGCUCAAGCUCGAGGCCCAAGAGGUGGCUCUCGGGGAGCGAGAUCACGUCACCGCGACCAUGGGAGACGGGCUGUUCUUGUUCUUGGACAGCCUUACUGGGGAGGGGCUCGACGGAGCGGGAGGAGAGCCGGGGGCGAACGGGAACGCGCCUGCGGCCGUUCCGGCGGGGAUGAGGCAGAUGCUCAACAUACCCGCACCGCUGCCGCAGCCCCAGAGCAACCAGGACACGCGAAGAAGGUUCGCCUCGAUGUCGGUGACGGAGCGGCGUCCUCGCAUGCAGAAGGCCGCCGCGGCGCCAGAUCGAGCGCUCGGGGCCAAGCGGAACUGGGUGGAGAUGUUGGGCAGCCUGUUCUAG